AUGGCAUACGAGAAGGAGCUCAAGGUUGCCCAACUGGCCGUCGCCCGUGCCGCCAUUCUCACCAAAGCUGUCUUCCACGAGAAGGCCAAGGGCACAGUGUCUAAGGAUGACAAGUCCCCCGUGACGAUCGGCGACUUUGGCGCUCAAGCCCUGAUCAUCGCUGCCAUCAAGCACAAUUUCCCUGCCGACGAAGUGGUCGGUGAAGAAGAGGCCUCGUCCCUCCGUGAACAGAAGGAUCUUUCCUCCAAGAUCUGGAACCUGGUCAAGGAUGUCCGACUGAGCGACCCCGAGAGCGAUGCCCUGCUCGGUGGCCCGGUCAAGUCUGAAGAGGCAAUGCUCGACGCCAUCGACCAAGGCAACUCGGCCGGCGGUAACAAGGGCCGCAUCUGGGCACUAGAUCCCAUCGACGGCACGAAGGGUUUCCUCCGAGGUGGCCAAUAUGCCGUGUGUCUUGCCCUCAUGGUCGAUGGCGACGUCAAAGUGGGCGUCCUGGGCUGCCCGAACCUGCCAGUCGACGACUCUGCCCCACUGACGGAAGACAUGGGUGCCGCGGCGACUGACGCCGAGGGGAAAGGGGUCCUUUUCUCCGCCGUCCAGGGCGAAGGGGCGACCUCGCAGCCCUUGACCCGGGGUGCAGUGACGAAAGGACAACCCAUCCACGUGAGCAAGAUCUCCAAGGUGAGCGAGGCCGUCAUGUGCGAGUCCGUCGAGCCCGGCCACUCGAGCAAGGGCGACAACGCCUUGAUCGCGGAGAAAUUGGGCAUCACGGGCCGCCCCGUGCAGAUGGACAGCCAGGCCAAAUACGGCAGCGUGGCUCGCGGCGCUGGGGACUUGUACCUCCGCCUGCCGGUCCGCAAGGACUACAUUGAGAAGAUCUGGGACCACGCCGCCGGCGACCUGAUCGUGCGCGAGGCCGGCGGCCAGGUCACGGACGUUACUGGCAAGAGACUCAACUUCAGCCUUGGCCGUACCCUGCUCGAGAACAAGGGUGUCGUGGCUACCCCGGCCAACGUGCACGCCGAGGUUCUCAAGGCUGUGCAGGAGGUGUUGUCCGCGAAAUAG